GGAUUCAAAAAAUGUGUUUCGUUAAUUCAAAAUUAAUAUCGUUGGUGCUAUUAUGUAUUUAUGUGAAAUCAGUUACCAUGGUUUCGUUUUUCGAACGAGAGGAAUAUUGUGGAGUGAUACUGAGUCAAUAUGAUCCUCAUUUAUUGGACACUUUCAAAUUGGAAAUGUCGCAAGGAAUCGAGAGGUUUUUCCUGCUGUCCUACUGCCUGGCUUGUUGCUGGCCCGGGCUGGGUGCCAAGAAUGACCUGCGAGUGGUUAGACAAUGGGCUGAACUGGACUUCGUGUUUCCUAGCGAAGAAGCCAAACAAAUAGCUAUUCAAAAGCGCUACUAUGUACCUGGAAAUUCCGUGCCCAUAGACGUCGAUGUGCAUCAUAGACAAGGACCGUACCCGUCCCGUAUCUUCGUGACAAAUCCUCGGUUCGACGAAGGUCGACCGAUCACGUUGGGUACCGUGGACGAUACGGGCAGGAUUGUCGCCUACCCAGACUACUCCUGGCAUGACAACCAGGGCUCCAACUGCGGAGGCAUGACUUCCGUCUUCAGAGUUGCUAUAGACGAAUGCCAGCGACUCUGGGUGAUGGACGCCGGCAAGAUAGGAGACAAGCAAGUGUGCCCCCCUCAGCUGCUCGCCUUCGACCUGGCCACCGACCGACUUAUCUACCGUCACGUCGUCAACUCCUCAAACUAUCUCGAACAGUCCCUGUACGUCACACCGAUUGUAGACGUGCGUCCCCGCGGGCCUGGCGAUUGCGCAAAUACGUACGUUUACGUAGCUGAUGUGUCUGCCUACAGUAUUCUGGUGGUCGACGUGAUGAGAGACCAGUCCUGGCGCACCACACACAGACUGUUCUAUCCAUUCCCCUCUCGCGGAACAUUCACCAUUGACGGCGAAAGUUUCGAUCUAAUGGAUGGUAUAUUGGGUAUGGCUCUAUCACCAUACCACCACGGCAGAGAUCGCUUCCUCUAUUUCCAUUCUCUCGCUGCCACCACGGAGAACGUAGUAAACACGAGGAUACUCAGAAACAAUUCUUACUUGCAAGACCCUAACAUUGACCCGGACGCAAUUUAUGUGUUCCCCAAAGAGCGCCCAUCUCAAUCAGCAGCUGAAGCGAUAGACCAAAACGGUGUCAUGUACUUCGGUCUCAUGGACCCACCCAGUAUUCAGUGUUGGAAUACUGCCACCGAGUUCUCCCCUCGCAAUUUCCACACGGUAGCUGCCAAUCAGGAAACCUUGCAGUUCGCUAGUGGUGUUAAAAUUGUAAAGAAUGCUAAAGAAGAACAGGAGCUUUGGGUAUUAACAUCAAGUUUUCAAAGGGUAAUGACAGGAUCGCUUUCACCGGAUAGAAUGAAUUUCAGGAUACACGCUGAAAAGAUCCCGGUAAUCUUAGCGAACUCUCCGUGCAAAAACUCCCCAAAUGGCCAAAAGCCGGGGUACCAUGUCAAUCUUGUCGACAGAUCUUCGGACGGUCACAAGUAUCGGCCGACCAGAUAUGGCAGUGCCUCGUAUCUGUAGAGAUUAGUGCCAUGUCCGACCGGUUGCUCAGGAAGUUUGUGAGAAAUAAUAGGCCAUAAGUCAUCUAAGUUACUUCAUUGUCAUCAUUAGUUGAUCACAGACCUUUUUUUAAAUACUGCAACUACAGUUGCUGUUGUAGCAAGGUGAAAUUGUAAAGUGUCAUUUAAAUGUGAUUUAUUUAACAACAAACCCGCAGUCCGAGUCGACUGAAACCUAGCAUAGAACAUUUUCUUAACACGCUUGUUGUGUUUUUAUCUUAUGUAAAUCCAUUUAAAUAGUAUAACAUGCUCGAACGCCAAAGUCAUUCCUUAAAUUAUAUAAUGUCCCGUCAACAUUUUAUGUUAUGUAAUGUUACCUGUGUUAUGUAUGCAAUUAAAUUUUAAAUAAUAA